AUGACCAAUAGCAGGGACCCCGGCAAAGAUCGAUCCUCUUCUGACUUGCUAGAGGAACGGACGGAACGACGCGGUGACUGCUUUAUUUUCGCAAGGUCUCGCACCACGGCACAGCGACAAAUAGGAUCCGGGAAUGUACGAACCGUCGCCAGAUUACGGAUUUGCCGACGCACAUCCAGUUUAUUAUUACCAGGAGGAGGAGCAUAUUUGCAAAAACCGCCUCAUUCCUAUGUACCCCUAACCCCGCCAAAGCCAAAUCUACUCCCCGCCUUCGAUCAAGACCGUGGCGUAAAUGUAGACAACUACAGAUCAGCUGCCACCGACCACAUCAAGCAGAUCGGCGUUCCGGUAUUACCGAUGGGCCAACCCGCAACCGCUGGAGUGGAUAGUUAUGGCAUCGUGCCCCCAUCCCAAAACAAGGCCUACCUACAGCAUUUGAAAAACCAUCGGAAUUUCGACACAAUGAAGAAUUUGCAGAGUGUGAAUGACUGCCAGAUUUGUCAAAUGUUUUUGGCGGCCGAGGGACAUCAGCUCUACCAACCGCCUCCUCCUAAACCAAGAAUGAAUGCUUUGGCAGUCCAGAUCCCGAGCGAGCCGGAUUUUGACUACUUACCCCCUUCGAUUCCUGCACAAAAUCACUUUGCGGCUCCGGUACAAAACGGCUAUUCCGGUCCGGCACAAAACGGAUAUGCUAAUCAUGCACCUUAUCCGGAGGCACAAUCGAAUAUGAUGCCCUCGCCGCAUCAGCCACAACCGGCCGGAAUUUUUGAUGGACUAGUGGAUGCGAGACAUCGUUCACGCGUGCAUGUUAAGGACAUCUUCACAGCACCUUCCAACCCUCAUCAACUUCACCCAUCCAACGGGCACUCGGAUCCGGCUCCGAACGGAUACUCGCCACGACUUGUACACCAAAAGUUAAUGAUCCCGGCACCGGAUUAUGACCGGACGCUGGGAGCAGCAGCUGCAGCUCAGGUUCUGGCACGGCAACCUCAGAUACAGGAGAUUAGUGGCAAGAAGCUGUCGGGGAGCAGUGAUUCUUCAAGUCGCAGUCAACCGAAAGCGGAAAUUGCCACUGGCCCGCCAUCAAUCAAGGAGGAAGCAAAGGUCGAGAAGUACCCAGAAGCCCGCGUAACAAAGGACUACAAAACACGAGGCGAGGGCGACAUCACGGUCAAGAAGAAUGAUGUCCUUGAAGUCCUCGAGUCAAACAGCCGCUGGUCAAGAUGCCGAACCCUCGAAGGCAUGGUCGGCUUCGUCCCCAACAAAUAUAUCAAUCUCCACCAA